AUGAACAAUACGCUUUCAAGCCUUUUAAAUCGUAACGAGGCAUUGGGACUUAACCCUCCCCAUGGGCUAGACAUGCAUAUUACCAAAAGAGGCUCAGACUGGUUAUGGGCCGUGUUUGCCUUAUUCGCCCUUAUUUUGCUAUGUUACAUUGUAAUGUUCUUCAUUGCAGAGGCCAAGGGUUCUAGAUUGACCAGAUAUGCUUUAGCUCCUGCGUUUUUGAUUGCAUUUUUUGAAUUUUUUGCUUAUUUCACGUAUGCCUCCGAUUUAGGUUGGACCGGUGUUCAAGCGGAAUUCAACCAUGUCAAGGUUGACAAAUCUAUUACUGGUGAAGUUCCCGGCGUUAGACAAAUCUUCUACUCAAAGUACAUCGCAUGGUUUUUGUCAUGGCCAUGCCUUUUGUUUUUAACUGAAUUAACUGCUGGCACCACUGGUGAGACUGAAAAUAUCUCGGCUUUGGAUGUGGUUCAUUCGUUAUUGAUUCAAAUCGUGGGUACCCUAUUCUGGAUCAUUUCAUUAUUGGUUGGUUCGUUAAUCAAGUCCACCUAUAAAUGGGGUUACUAUACUAUCGGUGCCCUAGCUAUGCUAGUUACACAAGGUGUACUGUGCCAACGUCAAUUCUUCAAUUUAAAGACUAGAGGGUUCAACGCGGUUAUGUUGUGUACCAGUGUUGUAAUCGUGUGGUUGUACUUUAUAUGCUGGGGUCUAAGUGAGGGUGGUAACCGUAUUCAACCAGAUGGUGAAGCUGUUUUUUACGGUGUCUUAGAUCUAUGUCUAUUUGCAAUUUAUCCAUGUUACUUAGUAAUCAUGAUCUGCCGUACUGGCAGGUUCCCUAAAAUCUCUUUGUCCGGCGGAUUCCCCCAUCAUCAUCAUGCUGCCGACGAUGUGGAAGAUGAGGUUCCUGAAGCAAAAGAUGCCUCCCCAGAAAGCCCAAGAGCAUCUGGAGAGACUGCUAUCCAUGAGCCAGAACAAAUCGUCGACGAUGCUGCUUAG